ACACAAACACACACAAACACACAGUCAGUCUGUCAGUCAGUCAGUCAGUCAGAGCCGAUGAUGUUUCAGGUGAGAGACUGUUUUAUUUAUUUCUGUUUGAAACUGUGACUAAACUCUGACUGCUUUAUUUGACUGUUUGUUCUUUUGACGUGACAAAUCUGUCAUAUUUAUUUAUUCAGAGUUCAGAUUUGAGAGGAUUGUGGAACAGACAGGAGAACUGUGACAUUUUUUAAACUACGAGUCAACAGAGAGAGAAAAGGCGCUUUAUUGUUAUUGUAUAAAAACACAGAAUGAACCUUUAACAUCAUUCCUGUUCAGAACACAGGAUGAAAUCUGGAAGAAAAUCUUAAUUACUAUCUUUUUUAUCUGCAGCUUGAAUAAUUUUUUUUUUCAUAAAGACUAAAACUAAAAUUAUUAACCACAAAUGUAAAACUGAGCGUGAUAACCGUGUUUUUGUCGGGUAAAAAGAGCCUUUAAUAUUCAGCGUGCGUCAGAGAGUGAACAUAUAAACAGUUACUGAAUAAAUCAGUCAGUUCACAUUCAUUUUAAAGAAGAAGUGAAAUAAUUUGUUUGAUUAUAAAUAAAUGGAAGCGCGGGUUAUUACAUUGACAGUUGUUGAAUAGAUAAUUCUUUAUAUUUCUGAAUAUUAGCGGAGCUUCGAUCAGCUGUUUUUAUUCAUAAAUGGAAUACGUCACUCGUCUAAUUUCACGAGCUGACUCAGGUUCACUCUCAAACUGUCAGGAGUCAUCUGAAGGGAAGUGGAGUUUUAAAUCGUCUCUGGGUGUGAAUUCUGAGAAACUUCCACUCAUUUCUGUUCACGCUCAGUCAUUUAGAAACAUGCAGCUGCUGCCUGAGCGGCUGUGAGAAAUAACAAACAUCUUUAUUUAUCUGUUGAAGUCAAAUGUCAACGAGGGAAAAAAGAACAACGAGAGGAGACUGAAAAAUAUAACAUUUAAAUAACAGUCAAAUCUGUCGUGUUCAGCCAUGAUUUCCAACAUUCAGCAGAGGAGACAUAAGAGAAAAUAAGAGUGGGCUCAGAAUAGACCCCUGAGGGACACACUGCGAAUGAAAACUGAGGAAGUAAUCAUGGUGGUCAGACCACAAGAGAGAUCGAAAACGCCGUCUCAUAAAAGUAAAAUCUUGUCGUGUUGAAAUUGUUUAAAAACUCUUCAAAGUUACUUUCACCUUCAGGAUUCCUGUUCACUCAUUCACUUUCCUCUUCACUUCUCCUCAGGUACCCUCCCAUCACCCCUUACCUCAGGCCCAGGUGUCCUCUUUCCAUCACCUCCCUCACCCACAGGUUACCUCCCCUCACCUCUUACCUGAAACUCAGGUAUCUUCCCCCAACUACCUCUCCCAUCCCCCGCUGAGCUCCCCUCACCUCCAGGUGACCUCUCCACACCUCCUCCCUCAGACUCAUGCUCACUCCCCUCACCCUCACCUCUCACACCCCGCCUCCCCUCACUUCCCAUCCCCUCACUUUGAGCUGCAGCCUCAGGUGACCCUGCCUCACCUCCUCUCCCCGUCCCAGCAGCACCUUUACAACCAAAACCACCUUUUGGGUUUUGAUGAUCCAAACUGGGGCGGGUCGGAUCCUCCUCUUGAGCCGUCCUUCCCUCACCUGAGCUACACCUACCAGGUGAGACGUCGUCUUUUCUUUUCUGACAGAUUAAAAUAAUCCAGAAGCUUCUUCGGUUCUGAUCUUUCUGUCUGAUCUCAAACAGAACCAGACCUCAACCCACCUGGACCUCCAGAACCAGACCCAGUUUGGAGAUGAUCUGCAGAGUCUGUCCUACGUCCACACACUCUUUGACAGAGGGGUGGACAGACAGGUGGACACACCUGGUCCAGCUCAGGAUGCCUGGCAGCCUCUGGAGUCACCUCUCCCCCAGUUUCAGUGCUCCUCGCUGGGCCCCGUGUCCAGAGAAGUCCCCCUGGGAGGGUGGAGCUCCGAGGACUUCAGCUCAUCACCUUCUGGAAACUUUAACCAGUUUUUCCAAGAGGGUUACUAUGACAACAGUGCCCCCCAGCCCUUCUGUAGUCCAAACACACCUGGUCCAAGUCCUCAUUACCCACAAACCCCAACUAUCUCAAGCCCUGGUCCUCAGAUGAUCUCCAGAGAGGAGAGAGUGGACUUUAGCACGCACACAUCCAGGAGCCUGAGCGGAGACACAACCAUCAACUGCUUUACACACACCUGUGACAGCUUACCUGUGACCUCUGACCCCCAUCAGACCCAGCAGCAUCUCCGACAGAGCCACACCAAGCUGAUCCAAGACCAGACCGCCCCCCUGGACACCACCAGGACCAAAAAGAGCAGUUUAUCUCUGCUGAAGAAAGGCCAGGGAGGGAGGAGUACUGCCCGGUCUCCAGGUGUCACUGCCGGGCCGAACUGGAGAGAUGAGACAGGAGGAGGAGAGAGAGGAGGAGGAGGAGGAGGAGGAGGAGGUCAAACCAGCUGGACGACGGUCUGUUCAACUUUUUAAAAAGUACUCUGAGUUAUUAUUUCUGAUCGGACGGAUGUCGAGGAUGAGAUUAGAGAGUUUGUUGAUGAGUAAAACAGGAAAGAAGGCACUGAUAACAAAAAGAAGAGCACAAAUAAUCAAGUGUUUCAGUCAGGACAGAGAGGUGAACAAACAUUCUUCUGUUUUAUUUCUAAAAAUGAUUAAAAUAUUUUGAUGAUCUAUUUUCAGAAUAAACAGCAUCAGAAUCGCACAAAGGCUCCAGACCCCAGGUAAUCUGAAAAUCACUGCAUUCCUAUAGGAGAAUAAGGAAAAUAACCUUUACAGAUUAUUUAACCUUUUAUAUCAUAUUAUAGAUUCAAACUUUAUUUAAUCAAAAAGAGGAAACAUCAGAUUGUGGGGGUCUUAUUUCCCACAGUGCUGCUUCAUCUCGUCCAGUUUCUGUUGUCUUAUAGUCUGGAUGGCAGCAGAUGUUUCUCCUAAACUUGUAGAUGUUCUUCAGCGUUAAUGAAGCCUUCACAGAUGUGAACUAGAGAAGCACUCGGAGAGCGCAGACCUCCGCCAAGCAGCUCAUGUUCCCCCUGAAACAAGAAAUGCCCUGACCGGGAUACAAACCUAGAACCUUCUGGUUGUGAAGUGACAGUGCUAACCACUACACCACUGUGCCGCCCAUUGGUUAUCUUUCAGCAUUGAAAAUUCCAACGACACCCUUAUUUUUGUGUGUUCUGGAUCACAGUAUCCAGAAUUUUGUCUGGAUCACCACCAAAAUGUAAUUGGAUCCUCCUGGGGCUGAGACGCACCUCUGGUGAAAAUUUCAGGUCAAUCCGUCUGUAACUUUCUCUGUAAAUUUGCUAACAGACAAACAAACCAACGCUACCAAAAACAUAACCUCCUUGGCGGAGGUAAAGAUACCCAUGACAUGGACUCUGAUGAUCCCCAGACCAUCAGGGAUGUUGAGAACAAGCCUUAUAUCCCCUCUCUUCUUUAGCGGACGAUGGUACGUCCAUGAUUUCCAAAAAGAGCGUCUGAUUUUAGUCUGUGAGACUUCAGGACAGUUUUCACUUCCUUUUCGUCGAUCUUAAAAUGAUUGAGUUCAUGAGAAGCUGUUAGUGUCUCUGGAUCAGGUUCAUAUCUGGUUUCUUCUUUGUGUGGUUUAGUUUUAACUUGCAACUGCAGAUGCAUCAACAAACUGUGUGAAAAACAAAUUUUGAUUUUAUCAACAUGAUCUGUCGUUGUUCAAUGGUUUCGUAAAUUUGUUUUUCUCUGUUUUUUCUAUGAUGCUACUUGUGUGUGUGUGUGUGUGUGUGUGUGUGUGUGUCACAGGCUGCUCUGUACGGUGUGUAAACGUGAUUUCAGGAGUCUGCCGGCACUGAACGGACACAUGCGCUCUCACAGCGGCUCCAGAUCGGCUGCAGGAUUAACCAAGGUCUCCAUACUCAGUCUGAACAUCCUGAACUGUUUCAAACUCGUUAGUUAAUGAGCGCAGUGUAGGAAAGGCUGCCCCCUAGAGGUAACAGUAGAAAUUGACCCGAUGAACGUUUCCUAUUUGAUGCAAUUUUUCGUCCAGGUCAAUGACUCCACGCUGCGAGGAGACCCCUCUGUUUCCAUGGUGAUGCCUGUCUCAGUGCCCAUCCAAUCCAAAAGCGUGCUCGAGGCGUGUAGAGGUGGUCAGAAGACAUGUGGUCGCCUCUCGCCCGCCACAGGGGGCGCUGCACAGUACCGCAGCCUGUUACACCGACAGGAAGAGAAAGCAGAUGCUGAUGGUGAUGCAGUGGUUGCCGGGGGCGAUGAUACAGGUGUCACCCACUACACCCCCCCUCCCAUGCUGUGUCCCCUCAGGGCGGGGCCAGGGUUGUUCUGUUCCCUCACCACAAGGGGGCAGCAGCUGCACAGUGAGUAAAAACAUCGUCAGAUUAAAUUACGGGGCCACCUAGAGGCCACAGUAAUCUUAAAUCUGAUUGGCAGGUGGAUUUAGUGAUGCUGUUGCCAUGGAGACGUCGGCUCUCCCUCCAGGAACCAUGAAGCCGUAUGUCACUUUGACCUUUUAAUACUUUUGUUUGAUCAUGUCUCUGAUCACCUGUUCACACUGAGCUGUCAAUCACAGGCGGAUCAAUUUGGGGCAGGACAACCAGGCUGAAAUCCCGCCUCUGCAGGUCCAGAAUGAUGCUCAUGCUGACUCCCAUAAUGCAUUGCUGGUGUGGAGGCCUUUGGAGGAGCUGGAGCGGCCUGUCGAUCAACAGUCAGGUAGGAUACAAACGCUCGUUUUUCACACUGAUAUCAUCAAAGAUGUGAUUGGCUGAUUAACUUGAUUGACACACGUUUUGUUCAGUUGAAGCGCUGAUGUUGAUGGCGUGCUCCAGUGUGAUGCCAGGGGGCGGGGCCAGCCCGGAGACGGCCCUCCAGGUCCUAUCAGAGUGCAGAGGAGACUUCCUGGUAAAAUCUGAUCUGCAGUUUGGCAGGAGCUUGAAUGAGACUGAUUUUGUCGAUGUAAAUUUGUGUGUCUGGAUUUUGCUUUUUUCUCGUUUUGAGAUAUUUUGUUGUUUUUCGUCCUCCAGCUGACGGUGGAAAAGCUGCUGUCCAACAACAACAACCACACAGCCCAACAAAGCCCAAGUAUCCACUCUUAUAUUCUAUAUUUAGAGAGACAUGCUGUUAUUUUACUUUAGUAUUUAAGUCGUUUAGCAUCUUCUGCUCUCCUCUUAUCUGUAGGUGUGUGCUGGAGCGCCGCAGAGAGGCGUCUGCUGCUGAAAUCUCUGCAGCUUCAUCGUAAAGACUUCAGAAACAUCCAGAAAACUGUGAGUCUCACUGUCUGUGCGAGCAUCUGUGUGUGUAACUCUGUGUGGGAUUGUGCCGAUGGUGUGUGUUGUGUUGUUUUCAGGUUCAGACAAAGUCGCUCUCUCAGUGUGUGGAGUUUUAUUACCUGUGGAAGAAGAAGCUGAGUCUGAGGGCGAAGACCCCGGCCGGGCUGACCAUCACUCUGCCUGACACAAACGUAAGAGAGACAAAUAUUAUGAAGAAGAAUAAAGUACUCAUGAACUAAACCGAAGUUUGGAUGAGAGAGAUCACAGUUGGAUUAAGCUCAUCAGCUGAUCUCAGCUCAGCUCAGCUGUGUCUGACUUUGCUGAUGCUCUCCCUGCCUCGGCUUUUAAAGGGACAUUCCGGUGUAAAAUUAAUUUAGGGUCAAACACACCGUAACACUGAGUUAGACACCCCCUCCAGAUACGAAUGUUGCCGACCGCUUACUUCUCUAGUUAUACCAACUUUAGUAACGGCUGCAGGAUAGCGGCUGCUGGAAGAGAGUAGGUGAGUUGUGUUUAGUCUCUUUGCUAAAGAAAUGAGUCAAAGUUAAAAAGAUGUUUGGUGUCUAGUACUAUGGCUGGGACCCUAUAUGUCCUUUUGAUGAAGUUAGGUGCCUUUCUGAGCAUUAUUUGUGGCUAUAGAGUGGCGUAUUUGGUUGGGGUUUGUUUAUGACUACUCAGACCGCUGUGUAUUGCUAUCCUGCGGUCGUUACUAAAGUUGGUAUAACUAGAGAAGCAAGCGGUCAACAACAUUCAUCUCUGGAGGGGGUGUCUAACUCGGUGUUACAGUGUUCUCACCAAUUUUCCGCCAGAAUGUCCCUUUAAUGUAUAAAACAGAUGGGAGAUGUCCUCUCACUAUUUCAGGCUUCAUCUCAGGACAGAGCGGCAUUCCUGCCGUGUUUAAAUAACCAGUUAUUUUGAAUGAAAGUGACCCUGAUCAAAACACCGUUUCUGCACGAUCAGCGUUGAAGCUGCAGAAACAUCAGAUCGAUCCUUUAGGUCUCCUCUCAUAAAGCCUCUCUGUGCGUUUUCAUGAAAGUCUGAACUUCGUCGAGUCUGAGAUUCAGUUCAACUCAGUUUGAGGUCAGUUGGAUGUAAAAGCGUAGCUACAGUCAGUCGAGCGGGUUGGUUUCAGUUUUUCAGGUCAGUAACUCCCUCAGAGUGACGACAAAUGAAACUCGAGACUUAAUGAACAAAAACCACUGAAACCAAACUGCUGUUAUCACACACACAACACGCACAAAACACACACACAGAAACACACACACACAUCCUGUCAGAGCUGAAAGGUUUCUGAACAAACUCUGACUUUGAAACCGACGUGUGUGUGUCUGUGUCUGUGUGUGUGUGUGUGUGUGUGGUCAAAUGUCAGUGAGUCAUCUUGAAUUUUCCAUCAUCCUCCUCGCUGUCGUCGUUUAGAUCCGUUCAGUAGAUUCGACUGUUUAUCUGUGUUUGUGCAUCCGUGCCUCGCUUUUUCUGACCACCUGUGUCUCUGCAGGGUCAAAGGCCGUCAAAAUCCCAUGAUGCACCAUGAAGCACUGGACAUUAAAGAGCUGGAGCUACACACUACUGCUAUGAAGUUGUUGAACUGGAAUCAUUUGAAGACGGCUGCACAUUAAAUAAGCUUCUCUGUCUCUGUCUCGUCUGACACGUAGAUGUUUUUAAGACAAUAAAACUCGUUUAUUUUCACUCUGGUGGUGUUUUAACAAAGAAAA